UCCUGGGUCUGGACCCCGAUGAGCACGAGAUGACGAGUAACUGCUUCAUAUCAGUGCUGACACCGGGCGAACUCUCGGUGAGCUUCAAAUCCCCCGAGAACCCAUUAGCUCGGGGUGUCCAAUUUCCACAGCACACCAAAGCCCGUGUUGUGGAGGAGCGCGAGGACGAGGAGGAUGUACCUAGACAACCUCGUAUGACUCGUAGUCAGAGUGUUCGGGGCCCUGUGAGGGAUGCUCAACCCCACGAGCCGGCUCGUCAUUUAGUAGAUCCGGGAAAGCGCCCAGCGCCGCAUACUUCUUCAUCGUCGAGCGGAUCUCGGCCUGUAUCCAGUCCCAGCGAGGGUGAGGUGGACCGUAAAUGGGUCAAGAAGACGAUCCGUCAGGAGAUGAAGAAGUUCUUCGGCAAAUUCAUGGAUAAACUGAAGGGCAAGGGUAAAAAGGAUAGGGGCAAGAGCAAACAUUUUCGAGGGUCUGACUCCCCUCCCCUGAUGAUUACCAGCGACGGUCUCCUCCAAAGAACAGAGCUGAUCCCAGCGCUUCAGGGCCCGACGCUUCACGUCCCUGCGACGACGACCCCCGCGAUGAGGAACCACGCCAUCCAGAGACCCUGCAUUAUGAUACACGCCCUUCAGAUUAUGAUUCUCACCCAGCAGAGACCCGGGAUUACAACGCGCAGUGGCAGGCCAUGCAACAGGGUCAGAGCGACUACGGCUAUGCAGAAUUUUGACUGGUCGACCUAUGUCUACCCUCAUGCCUCUUCCCCAUUCCUGCGACCGGAGUAUAGGACAGAGCAGCCGAUAUACUUUGCUGAGUCGCUCACUUCUCUUGUGCCAUAUGAGUGGGGACAGUCUUGUUCUGCAGGGCCGGCUCAGACGGAGGAGCCUGAGCCACAUGAGAGCAGCCAUCGCGUCGUAGCCGGAGGGUGAGACGUCCGUCUAACUUUCGGAGAUCGCCUUGGGUUAAUAGCCCAGAGCCACGUCCAGUGACACAACACUGCAAUGACACUUAUGAGAAGUGGGUGGCUAAUUGUCGAGCUGGUAAGGGUGGUGAGGUGUAUGUCAGGACCAGUGGUGGUUUGCGGGUGUACGACGACUUCGCGCGGGUGGAGAAUGUCAGACAGGAAUUCACAACUAGGGAUGUUGACUUGUAUUAUUUGACCUUGAGACAUAGACUUAGAGAUUCUGGGGAUUUACUUGAUGACGCAAAUAUGAAUAACACAGUCAUAGUAGACACGGAUUGGUUUAUAAGGAAACUUUCAUUAUUUAUAUGUUUUCAUUGGUGCGGAUAUAAAUUAUUAAUUACUUAUUUG